CCUAUCCUCACACCCAAACAGAGUCUCUUUCUCUCUCUCAGUUUCUCUCUCUCUCUCAUUGAAAUCUGAUUCUUGAAUUUGAUUCCUUCAUUGGGGUUUGAAUAUCGAUCGAAUCAGACUGCAAAUACAGUGAUUGAUAGGUUGGUGAAUUAACAAAAGAAAAAACAAUUUAUUAACAAAAUGACGAAACAGAAGGUGGUGGUUGCCGAUGGCAUCGACAUGGCGGUGGUGGUGCCGCCGGCGUUAUUCUCAGCGGAGGUGAAAAAGCCUCCGUUGAUGCCUAACGGAUACAUCACCAUAAACAAGAAGAAGCUUCUUCUUCAGAACCUUGAAAUCAACGGUGGAACAAGGGUUAACGCUUGGGUUGAAUCCAUGAGGGCUUCUUCUCCAACGUCCAAUCGUAAGCGUACUCAAGAUCAGUCCACGUGGAUGGAUCGACAUCCGUCUGCUUUGAAUAUGUUUGACGAGAUUACGAAUGCUUCCAAAGGGAAACAGAUCGUCAUGUUUCUCGACUAUGAUGGCACUCUUUCCCCCAUUGUUGAUGACCCUGAUCGUGCUUAUAUGUCUGAUGCGAUGCGCGCGACAGUGAGGAAACUUGCGGGAUGCUUUCCGACAGCGAUCGUGAGUGGACGAUGUAGAGACAAGGUGUACAACUUUGUGAAACUAGCUGAACUGUACUAUGCAGGAAGCCAUGGGAUGGACAUCAGAGGUCCAUCUAAAGGGUCCAAAUACAAGAAAAGUCCUCCGAGUGUUCUUUGCCAACCCGCGAGUGAAUAUUUACCCAUGAUUGAUGAGGUGUAUGGAUUACUCAUGGAGAAAACAAAAUCGACACCAGGGGCAAAAGUGGAAAACAAUAAGUUUUGUUUGUCUGUGCAUUUCCGAUGCGUUGAAGAGAAGAAAUGGAGCGAGUUGGCUGCCCAAGUGAGAUCAGUGCUCAAAGACUACCCGAAGCUCCGGUUAUCCCAAGGAAGGAAGGUGUUAGAGAUCAGGCCCACAAUCAAGUGGGACAAAGGCAAGGCCCUUGAGUUUUUGUUGGAGUCACUUGGUUAUGCCAACUGUACCGAUGUGUUUCCUAUUUACAUUGGAGACGAUCGUACUGAUGAAGAUGCCUUCAUGGUGCUAAAAGAGAGGGGACAAGGUUUUGGCAUUCUUGUAUCCAAAAUUCCCAAGGACACAAGUGCAUCUUAUUCUUUGCAGGAACCAUCCGAGGUGAUGGACUUUUUACAACGACUAGUUGAUUGGAAACGGCAUUCGUGGUGACGACUUUGAACAAGAGAAGGGUGAAGGGUGACUUAAGUAGAUGCGAAACCAUAUGUAUAUAAGUAUGUAGUGACUAUAAGUAUAUUUAAUCUUGUCCAAGAAAAAUACGAGGGGACAAGACGAAGGAUAAAAAAAAUAGGUAGGGUAGGUUUUGGGUUAUGGGUGUUUCCUCUUCGGCGUUUGUAACAAACACCCUGCCAUAGUGAUGAAUAUUUGUAUUUUGUUGGAUAUAUUUGAUGAAAAAAUAUCAUGUUUGUGUUCUA